ACACUGCUUUUGUGCUCCAGGCUCACAAUUCAGAAAGCACCGAAUGUGCCGUGUUAGAACUUUGAUAAUCAUCAGUACCAUGGUUUAUGCACAUGCACACCGCAGUCGUUUUUUGCGCGGGUGUCUUCAAUGUUUAUCUGUGGUGUCUUCACAGAUGAGUGGAAUUCGUGACCUGAUUCCAGGUUCAGUGAUUGAUGCCACAAUGUUCAACCCUUGUGGAUACUCCAUGAAUGGAAUGAAAACGGAUGGAACUUACUGGACGAUUCACAUCACCCCCGAACCGGAGUUCUCCUAUGUCAGCUUUGAAACCAACCUCUCCCAGACGUCUUACGACGAGCUUAUCCACAAAGUCGUGGAUGUCUUCAAACCAGGGAAAUUUGUGACCACGCUUUUCGUCAAUCAGAGCUCCAAAUGUCGCAGCGUUUUCACUUCGGCUCAGAAGCUGGAGGGUUACCGCCUCCUGGACCGCCAGUCGGCGCACUUCAACGACUACAACUUCGUCUUCACCAGUUACGCCAAGAGCCGCCAGCAGAAGCAGAGCUGAACCUCCGAAAUGAAGAAGCGUAAAAAGAAAUCGUGCGGCUGGCGGCGUUUGUGCGUGGAGUCUUCCGGCUGUAGAUCUUCCCCGAGUUUAACAUUUAUGCAUACCUGUACCUGUGACGUAGAUAUCGUGCAUGAAAGCUCUUCUCGUGUCUCUGUAGAUAUUCUAGCCCAUUCUUGCUGUGAUCUUGAAGUGCAUGUAGAGCUCUUGAACGUGGCGGUGGUGUGUGUGAGGCAUGUCACGCCAUCAUCCCAGUACAUGCAAUGCUCCCUUCCCUUCCUGCAAGUGUCCCCUCGCAUCCCCCACAGACAGGGUUUCCGACCUCACUAGACAAGGACCCUGACACGCUCAGAUCUGUCUCCUCUCCCGACCAAUCCAAAAGCAACGUCUUUUUAUCGGUUUGCGAAAAAGGUUUUUUUUUGGGCGUUGGUUAUUUAAAUCGCAACUCAUUUUCAAUGUGUGUGUGUUCAGCUCAACUGUGUAUAGCUAGCUAACUUUUCUGUGACUGUGAAGAUAUCCUGAAGACAAACCUAAAGUAUUCCUCGUCCGUCGUCUUUUCUUUAACCCUGCAGACGGCUGUCUUUAUCCGGUGUGCUAGAGAAGUGAAUGCGAGUAGCUUAACCGUCACCUUCAAUGUCGAGAGCCUGCUCUGAUUUUAGAGAACGUUUUGGAAAACGCAUCUCUCGUUUGAGUAAUACGCUCGUUAGAUGGUACCAGAGAAGUGAAUGUUUCAAAAGACGAGUUACUUAAUUGUUGCCUUGUGUGUUAACAACAUAUAAUCUGCAAUAUAUAGCCAUUACGGUGAAAGUUAACUGUUGUCUUCCUUUCCUCAAAUAAAAUGGCCUGUAUUAAAAAAAAAAAAACAUUAGUUAGUUGAAAGGUGACGAUGUGUUAUAUAGAAGAAUGGAUUUUUCUGAAUAAUGUAGCAAGUGUAGAAGAAGCCAUUACGUGUGUGUGUGAGAGAGAGGGAAUGGUGUUUGCCUUCCGUCAUUGUGAAGGACCCUGGGGCUGUCCAGCGCAGAGCCUGCUUUGAAUUGAAACCGUUGGACAGACGCUUUGCUUUCGUGUGCCGAUCGCACAGCAAAGCAUUUUUCUUUUUCUAAACCAAACGAGUUCUCUGUCUUUUUCUCUACAGUUUCCACACAAUAGGCACGCACUGAUCUGAGCAUGUCAGGGCUGACCCGGAUCAUUCCACACCCCACACCUGCAUAAAGUGCAGUUUUAAUUAUAUAUUUUUUUGCAGUAGAUUUGUACACCUCUCCAGAUCAUGCCCUCACAUGUGCUCUUGCAUGCGACUAGCGUGUCUCCGCUUCAGCCCUUUGUAACAUUACCGUGUUUCAUUUCUGAUCGUACGAUGUAACAGACUUUGCUCAAUUAUUUUUCAUCCACCCUCGUGCUGAUGGAGAUCCCGAGUUAUGAGGAGGAUGAUGUUUCUGUUAUGUCUCUUUAAAUGCGAAAAAACAAAGCAAUUCAGUUUGAUUUAACAGACACUAUAGGUGUCUGAUGUGGACCACUGCUGGGAGAAAUAACAUGAGCAUGAUCGCUUAUCGCACCUAGUACUUUUUCAGUGAAGGGGUGGUAGUUUCAAACAUUCUUCUGGUCUUUAUAUGUGGGAUUUAUACAUUAUACAUGAGUGGAGGGGGGAGACAUUGAUGUUGCGGACCAAGGAUAUAUAUAAACACAUUUUUCUAACCCUGUUCUGAGCUGGGGAGUGACCUUUUCAGAUGAUUUGGACCUGUUUUCCUCUUUCUAUUAGUUCUUGCUAGCCUGUGUUGUUGGUUGGUAAGACAACUCUUUAGAAAGGAUUCUGUCGUGGGACUUUCACAGGAAGUUGGGAAGGAAGGGGAAACUUUGCUGUUCCAAUUCUCUUGCCAUUUCCUUGGUUGGUCAAGAUGUGCUAAAUAUAUCUGUACUAAGAGCUUGAUGCUUUCAAUAAAGUUAAUAACCAUCA